AUGGCAGAUUUAUCCACCAGAGACCUGUUGCUUCAUACACUUUCUUCUCAUGUGGGCCGCUACCUGAACCCGUUAUCGCUACGGAGCUCAAACCUGAAUCUGUACCGGUUACCUAAAAGCGAGCUUUUGGACCAGAAAUGUCUUCACAUCAUCAAUUCGCCGUCUGACCCAGAAUUGGUGUCUCUUGCUUACAGGUACCUCUACUUGCAAGCAUCUUCAAACAUCCGUGAUUUGAUUUCUCAACACCAGCGCUAUAUAGUGCAAUUAUCUUCGUCUAAAAAACACACUCUUGUGUUGCAAGAACUUUGGACAGUUGCCCUGGUUUUGCAAGGCUCGCGCAAACUCGGGCAGUUUUCUCUUUCAUCAUGGAUGUGUCUCGUGGACGGAUUGUCUCCGCAAAAUGUGGAACCGUCUUUAGCAUCCUUCGUUGUGUCUCAUCAUUUUUUGGUUCUCCAGUCUAUUCUUCAAUAUUUGUCCGCUUCGCUACAGUCUGUCGUCAAGGGUAGCUCGGCGAUGACCUUGUCUGUUUUUGAAAAAGUGGCUCAGUCUUUCUUAUCUGACUCUAAUCAUCAGAUGUGCAUCUCCAAGUUUGCACCCAACACCACUGCCGUCCAGAAAUACGAACGCAACAAUGCAAAGGUGGCUGCCGGUUUUCUAAAAGUUGCAAAGUUUCUCCGAUCCAAAUUGCAUGCAAACGAAACAUUGACCAUGGGAAUUACCCUCUUGGAGCUCAAAACAUGCGAAUUGAAGAUGCGAAUCGGUCAAUUUGACGAUACAUCCCUACCUGAUUUAACAAGCGCCUCUCAUAUUACACCCUUCAUCGACGACUUGAAGAGUGCUAUUUCCUUGCAUCCUCUUCCAGUUCCAAAACUUGAGUCUUCCAUCAAUUCAUACUUAGUUUCCCGUCCUCGCUCGUCAUCUCUCAACUCCAUUCACGGCAUCCUAAGUCAACUUCAUUUUGUUGAAGAUCACGACCUCUUAUCAAAGCUUCAAAAAUUGUUGUCAAUAACUUCACCAACAGAAGCGUGUGAAGCAUUGAAUGUUUCACUUUCGUCAUUAGUGUCAGAAAAUCCGAAUCGUACUUCGGCCUUUCGUUCUUUGGGCGUUGUACUUCGAUUUUUAUUUUCCAAGAUUGAUAAAAUAGAAAAGUGUCAAGCGUUCAUCAAUAUUAGCGAUACUAUCAUAUCCAAAAUAAGAACUCAGUCUGCAGAUACCUCAUUCAAUGUCUACGUGACAGAAGUGUUAUCGCCACUCUCAACGAUCCUUUUUCAAAUGAAACAAACAAAAAGAGUCAAGCAAAUUACGAAGCUAUGUUAUGAAGCUUCUCACUCUCCGGAAGCUCUUAAACUUUCCGCACAAUUAGAUCUCUCCACUACAGAUAAAGACAUAUCAGAUCCAUCUAAACUUCAGAAUCGCAUUAGACACCUUAUUUCGCAGUUGUGUUCUUUCGAUGACCUUGAAGAUGCCCUUGAUGUCUUAGAUAAAUAUACUGAAUACUGUCCAGGUCAUGAUAUUGUUCCACUCGUGAUUAUUCCAAUUGUUGACAGUUUGUUUCAAACCACGAAGUCCUUCCAAGCAGUACUAGACCCAGUGCUGAAAUUGAACCCUAACCUCAAAACUCAGUUGAUAUCGCUCAUGAUUCAGGAUUUAGAUCGCAGAGGAUCGGAGAAAGCUCUUCGUAUCCAAAGUUUUGUGCAGCAAUUUCUGGAUGAAAACACUCCGAACUUUCUCCAUCUUUACAAAGCUGCAUCUCUUGCAGAUACGCUUAGUAUUCCAAAUCUUAACCCGUCUACUCCUUUUGAAGCUUUAUGCACAGCUGGGAUCUAUAUCUUCUGUCUUUCCAGAGGAGCCGGUUCAUACGAAGAAAUAUUAAAGCUGGCUAAAAACUAUUUAGAGUGUUGGUUGAACCUGGAAGAGAAUACUCAGCAAUCUUCUGAGAUCGAAGUGUUCAAUGAAAUUAUGUUUGAGCUUUUUCAUCUUUCACAUUUCCAGUUGGUUCAGCUGCUUACUGAAAAUUUUCUUUUAGUGACUAAAGCGACUACAUAUGCGGUGUUGCAACUUGAACUUCUUCUAUGCCGCUCUAUGCUUGAAACAACAAACAUAUCGGAGGUACCAAGUGUCCUUAAAAGAGCUGGUUCUCUUAUGAAGGGGUUAAAUACUAGUGACAGAGGCAUUAGUUAUAGCCAAGUGGCUGAGUGGAAACUUUUGCAGUUUGAUUAUUUCAUUAGCAUGAAAGACAUUGGCAAAUCGAGCGAAAAGUAUCAAGAAAUCCUUCAGUUCCUUGAUACAAAACCAGGAUUCAAUCUAACUGAAAGCUCACAUAAGCUAAGCUUCAAUCAGAAACUUGGCAAUUUUUUGAUUGUGGCUCGCUUUCUGAUUUUAACCUCGAAAAUGAACUCAUUAAACGGUGAUUUUGUAACGAGCUUAAGAAAUGCCAAACUCGCCAUAAAGAUAUUGAAUUCCAUUUUACGCAAAAUUAAUAUGCUGGCAGAAUUAAAAGAAAUCAGAGAAGAUACUAACUUCUUCAUUUCGCAAGCAUACUUUCUGGCAUUUGAAGCAUCUCGUCAUUUGGGUUUACUGAAAGAUGCUAUGUACUAUACGAAUGAACUCAGGGAUUUUAAUUCAUGUUGCAAGUAUCCGAUCUUCAAGGCUUUUUAUCAUUUUGCACUUGCAGUAUUCUAUAGUUUUGCUGGAAGGGCUGAACCUAGUGAUGAAGAGUUUAUGCUGGGUCAAAGCAUAGCAACCCAGAUUGCAUGUUCGGCUACCGAUACAUGUAUGGCAUUAUCAUCCAAGUUGAUAACGUUGUUUAGUGGUGAUGGGACCUUUGAUGACGACAACUUACUCUCGGACGCUUUGGAAAGGUUUGAAAAGAGCUCUAAUUUACUAAUUGGUCUCUCCUCAAAAUAUAUUACCAAGGCAGCCCUUGGUCUCGACUAUAUUGUCUUCUUCAAUUUUUCGAAACAUCCUUCGAUUUCAAUUGAUAAUGAUAGACGAAAAAUGUUGUUGAAAACUACUUUGGAAGUCAAGGAAAAGCUACAGACCUUAGAAAAAGCGUUGUUUGCCGAUUGCGGCACCAAUAUCAGAUGGACAGCAAAAAUUUUGCCUAGUGCUACUUACUCGACAUGCGAUUUCAAAGAUAUUUCCAAUAAUCUUUCUUUUUGCAAAGAAAUUUUGUUAAGAAUUGCCCAAGAAGAUGAUCAACUAAUGUACUUAAACGUUAGUCUCACACGUUAUGUAUCAAGCUUAUUGUCCUGUUGUGUGUUCAUGCUUUCUUUCGUUGCCACGAUGAAGGAAGAGUUUGCUUUUGACUUGCUCAACACCGUUACUUCUCUACUGGAUUUUGCAAAAGCCUUGCCAUCUGCUAACCAAAAACUUUUGAUUUCAAAAGAUAAUACUAAGAAAAAUAAUGACUUGAUGCCAUCAAAAGGUGAAGCAAAUGAACUACUAACUCUAAAUGAUAAGACAAUUAACAUGAAAUUGCAAAAAUGUCUUCCUGACUCUUGUGUUGUCGUUUCUUUGGAUAUAUGUGAGUUAUCAGGAAAUUUAAUCAUAACCAAAUUUGAGUCUGGUCAGACUCUUCCGUUCGUCUUCAAAUUGCCGUUCAGGAAGAAUAAUGGAAGUUUUAAGUCUUUUGCAGAUAUUUCGGCUUGCCUACAACGCAUAAUUGAAGAUAGUAAUGGUUCAACCAAAAAAAGUGUGACAACAUCCGUGAAAACUAAAGAAGACCGCAGAAAUUGGUGGAAAAUGAGAUUUGAAUUGGAUCAGCGUUUGAAAAACCUUUUGGAUGAUGUGGAAGAUGAGCUCUUGAAAGGGUUUAAGGGAGUAUUUUUCUUCACCGAUCGCCAAAGUCAGGAAUACAAUGCUUUUAGAAAUCGACUCAACAACAUUUGGUCUUCAUUUCUCCAGUCUAUCGAUAAUGAGCAACACGCAUCGCUUCAGUUGAAUCAAGGAUUAGUGGACCUCUAUUACAAUCUUCAAUUUUCAGGUCACGAGAAACAUUAUGCUGACAUAAGAGACUUGGUUACGUAUACGUUCACAGAAUUGACCGGUAGCAACGAUUUCGCAAGGGUAUCCUCUACAAUGACAACCACACUACUAUCGAGUAUUCAAGGACUCUAUUCAUUUGCUGCCACCAGCAAGAAUGAACAUAUUUUUCUCAUUCCCAGCAACGCAUGUGCCUCAUUUCCUUGGGAAUCCAUGGAAUGUUUACGGGGAAGAUCAGUGAGUAGAAUGCCAAGCGUCUUUCAAUUGAUAGACUUACUUUCGCUUCAUCCAGGCUUCAGCUUUCCGAAUACAGAGCCAGAGAAUGUUUUUUACUUGGUGAAUCCCGGUAAAGACCUUCCAAAAACUGAGGCGGAGUUUGGGCCUCUAUUGCAAAGUAUGCCAAAUGCAUCAGGUCUCUGCGGAGAAAAACCUGAGGAAGAACAUAUGUUAGAACAGCUCUAUAGUAGCAACUUGUUUCUAUACUUUGGCCAUGGUGGCGGAGAGCAGUAUGUGCGUGCUUCUAAGAUGAUCAAGAGAAAGACAGAAAACAACACGAAUACGUUGCCCCCGGCACUUCUCAUGGGCUGUUCUUCGGGUGCUUUUCAAGAUAAUGGCAACUUGGAAGCGACUAGUAACAUCUUUAGUUGGUUGUCAUGCGGCUCGCCGUUAGUGGUUUCAAAUUUAUGGGACAUUACAGACAAGGACAUUGACAGAUUCAGCAUGUCUGUCCUAUACAAAUGGGGAUUUUUCACAGAGUCGGAUAAACAGCCUGCUGCAUGCGAAGACAUAUGCAAAGCAGUUGCCAAUAGCAGAAACCUUUGCACACUAAGGUACUUGAAUGGAGCAGCACCAAUCGUGUACGGUUUACCUUUCAGCUAUCGUUAA